AUGAGCUCGGGCGACGAGUUUGAUCUGUCGGAUUCGUCGAGCUCCGACGAGUCCGACCUCGAUGAGCUGCUCCAGGACGACGAGAUGGAGGCCACCAUGCUCCUCCUCUCCGUCAAGGACCUGGAGGACCGCGCGAAGCUGCUGAAUCGGAGGCGCGGCUCCGUGUUCGGCCGGAACCACAUCCAGCGGAAUCGCCUCCUCGGCCACGAGCAGCUGAUGGAGGACUACUUCGCCGAGGUACCUACCUAUCCUCCCCAUCUGUUCCGUAGGAGGUAUCUCAUGCGGCGUAGCUUGUUCGUCCGAAUCGUCAAGGCAUGCGAAUUGCAUUUGAAUUACUUCAAGCAACGUAGGAAUGCCACCGGGGUGAUGGGUUUCAGCUCUUUCCAAAAGAUCUCUGCUGCCAUGAGGGUCAUUGCGUAUGGCAUCCCUGCGGAUUACACCGACGAGUAUCUUCGAAUUGGCGAAGAUACUACCACGGAAUCAGUCCGCAGCGCAAGCUCCUCCCACCCCUUCUGCCAUCGCGCCUCCCACCGGCGCUCGCUCGCCGCCUACCGCCGCCGCUGCGCCUCCAGGAUCUCCAGCCGCUCCGCCUCCUCGAGCGCCACCCGGUUCUCCUCCUCAUGGCGCCGCCGCUCCGCCUCCCGUUGCACGCUCCCGCUCGCCCGCGUCGUAGGCAUCUACGAUCGCCGCUAG